UACGAGCGACAACAUUUUCAACAACAUUUUGGAGCAAAUGGAUUGAUUGAAACAGAGGAAGCACGCACGGUCAUUCACUGACACAAACACACACACUGACAUAUGAAGAUGGCGGCGAUAACUCGGCUGCAACUCCUCCACCACCCAUUUCUGAUCCUCAAACCCUGCACAUUUCCUCACUCCUUCAACUUCAACUUCAACUUUAUCCCUCCCAAACUCCACCAUGCCACUCGUCCUCGCAAAUUCUCCACCACUCUUCCACUCUGCUCCAACUCUGAUCCAAUCCCUGAGGUUGGAUCAAAAGGGUCUAUUGUGGGGGAUCUUCUUGACUACCUCAAUGAGUCCUGGACUCACUUCCAUGCUACUGCUGAAGCAAAACGACAGCUGAUUGCUGCUGGUUUUCAUUUGCUAAAUGAGAAUGAUGAAUGGGACCUAAAGCCUGGUGGACGAUACUUCUUUACACGAAAUAUGUCUUCCUUAGUUGCUUUUGCCAUUGGAGAAAAGUACACUGUUGGUAAUGGCUUUCACGUGAUUGCUGCGCAUACAGACAGCCCAUGUCUAAAACUAAAGCCAAAAUCUGCAUCAUCCAAGUCUGGUUAUCUAAUGGUCAAUGUGCAGACCUAUGGCAGUGGUUUAUGGCAUACCUGGUUUGAUAGAGACUUAAGUGUUGCAGGAAGAGUGAUAGUGAGAGGUAGCGAUGGUUCUUUUAUGCACAAGCUUGUCAAAAUAAAAAGGCCUCUGUUACGGGUACCAACAUUGGCAAUUCAUCUUGACCACACAGUGAAUAAGGAUGGAUUUAAACCAAAUCUGGAGAGUCAUCUGAUUCCAUUACUUUCGACAAAACUAGAGGAAACUUCAUUGGAGUCAAAAGAGAAGAGUACAUCUUCCUCAAAAGCUGCUCAUCAUCCACUGUUUAUGCAGGUUUUGUCAGACGAGCUGAAUUGUGACGUUGAUGACAUAAUGAGCAUUGAAUUAAAUGUUUGUGAUACCCAACCUAGCUGCCUUGGAGGUGGAAACAAUGAAUUUAUUUUUUCUGGAAGAUUAGAUAAUCUUGCUUCAAGUUAUUGUGCAUUACGAGCUCUUAUCGAUUCAUGUAAAUCAUCUGGUGAUUUAUCAAGUGAGCAUGCAAUUCGGAUGGUUGCUUUAUUUGAUAAUGAAGAGGUGGGUUCAGAUUCAGUCCAGGGAGCUGGUGCACCAACGAUGUUUCAGGCUAUGAGGCGCAUAGUUAGUUGCUUAGCUAAUGAAUAUAUUGGUGAAGGUGCUUUUGAGCGUGCAAUUCGUCACUCAUUUCUUGUGUCUGCAGACAUGGCUCAUGGAGUUCACCCAAAUUUCAUGGAUAAGCAUGAAGAACACCAUCGGCCAGAACUGCAAAAGGGGCUUGUUAUCAAGCAUAAUGCAAACCAGCGCUAUGCCACUAGUGGAGUCACGGCUUUCCUGUUUAAAGAAAUUGGCAAAAUUCAUAAUCUUCCAACUCAGGAAUUUGUGGUGAGAAACGAUAUGGGAUGUGGUUCCACCAUAGGUCCAAUUCUUGCUUCAGGAGUUGGCAUCCGUACAGUUGAUUGUGGCAUUGCUCAACUUUCAAUGCACAGUGUGAGGGAGAUAUGUGGGAAGGAAGACGUAGAUAUUGCUUACAAGCAUUUCAAGGCAUUCUACCAAACUUUUUCAAGCAUAGACAAGAAGCUGCAAGUGGAUUUUUAGAUUUGAUUUACACUUGAGAUUAUUAUAUGCUCAUUGAGAGAGGAUUGUAUUCAUUUCCUCAUCAAACAAAUCUGUAGUUCAUAAAAUUACCUUUUUUUUCCCAUUCUCUAAUAAAGAGAUGUCAGAAACCGGAAAUGUAGCUAGGUUCAAGAAAUAAAAAUCAAAGGUGCUAUGCUACUUGUACCCAUGAUUUGCACAUAGGAGAUUGAAAAGGAAACUGUAAUCAUAUGAUCAAGUUUUUCUGGAACUAACUGGAUCUGGUGCAGAACUGGAGCCGAUAUUGUGGUCAGGAUUGGUAUUUGUGUUUGCUUUAGGGAGUUUCUUCUUCAGUUCAGACAACAAAGCCUGAUUCUCCUGGUUUAGCUGUUGAGCUUUCUUCCUUAGCCUCUCAUUUUGCUGGAUUAUGUGACAGUUCUGCAAAUAUAGCUGUGAGUUCAGUCUCUCCAUUUGGAACGAGUUGUAUUGGCCCUGAAAUUAUAACACUCAAGUAAGAAAGCCAAAUAUUUGUAGGAUUAGGGUGGCAAACUGGGUUGAUUUUUUAUUUAUUUAUAAUGAGUAUGUUGUUUUCCUAAA